ACAAAUUCAGAACCCCAAUUCUUCGUUUUGCUCAAGUGUUGAUUUUUCUUCUUCGGGUCCUAGGGCUUAGCGGACGUAGCUCCAGCGUUCCACAGAGAUGACGACCCCGUUGAUUGCAGGAGUUGCCAUUGCCGCUGCUGCUUAUGCUGGUAGGUAUGGAAUUCUAGCAUGGCAAGCUUUCAAGGCAAGACCACCAGCUGCAAGAAUGCGGAAAUUUUAUGAAGGAGGUUUCCAACCGAAAAUGACAAGAAGAGAAGCAUCUCUUAUUCUCGGAGUCAGAGAAAGCACUCCAGCGGAUAAAGUGAAGGAGGCUCAUAGGAGGGUAAUGGUGGCUAACCAUCCAGACGCAGGCGGUAGCCACUAUCUCGCAUCUAAAAUAAACGAAGCCAAGGAUGUGCUUCUUGGGAAGACGAAAAGUAGUGGAUCUGCAUUUUGAUUUAGCCACAUAUUAAUCAAUUCUUUUAAAAGACUAGUGAAUCACAAAAUCUCUAUCCCUGGAGCAUCCAGAGUACCACAUGUUCAUCAAACCUCUACGGCAAUUAUAUACGGAAAAUUUUUGGGCUUCAAGAAUUAAUCAGAAAAGUUACUAGGCCUUUCCCUUAGAUGGGUUUGUUGAGUGAGGAAGAAAUUUUGCUUCACCCCUGUUUUCUGCUUUGUAUACUCUGUAUCCCCUAGGUUUGAAUGCAAUUCAUGGUUGCCUAAUGACUUAUAUGUAAUAAAUUAUUUACCUGAACUUGUCUUCUGUGAAAUGUAACAGUUUUGUCCUCUA